AUGACCACACACGUCCUUCUCUCUCAAAAACCAGAGUACCAGCAUAAAACAUGCUCUUUUUGUCAGAAAGAAUUGGAGUUCAAAAUACCAAAUACCACAACGCCAACGAUUCACGUCCAAUGUUACUCUUGUUCCAAAAAGAACACCUUUAAUACCAUAUCUUUGACUAAUUCUAAGAAUGCUACUAAUGGAACUAGCACUAAAAAGGGUGCUCAGAGACGAAAAUUUGGAACAGACCAAGAACCAUUGGAGACUAAGUAUUAUGAUCUCCUUGGGGUAUCACCAACUGCGGAUGUAAAUGAAAUAAAAAAACAGUAUUAUAAACUGGCCCUCCAAUAUCACCCAGAUAAAAAUAAAGCAUCAGAUGCAGAGCAAGUGUUUAAAGAGAUAUCAGUAGCAUAUCAAGUAUUAUCAGAUCCGGUAUUAAGAAGAAAAUAUAAUGAAUUUGGAACGCGAGAUGUUGAACCCGAAGGAGGCUUUGUCAAUCCUGAAGAUUUCUUCAGACAACAAUUCGGGGGAGAUCGCUUUGUCGAUAUAAUCGGCGAGAUAUCAAUUGGCCGAGACAUGAAAGAAGUAUUACAAAAUGCAGCAGAAGAGGAUGGCACCGAUACAUCUGAAGUUAAAAUACGAAAAGAAGCAAACAAAAAUAUCAUGGAUGAAGAACGAGAACGAAUUAAACAGCAACGUAUUGAAAAAUUGGUGGCAAAUUUAAUUCACAAACUGACAAUAUAUGUUGAAUCGAAUAAUAGUGCCGAGGAGGAAGCGUAUAGUAAAAUGAUUGAAAUCGAAGCAGAUGAACUAAAGACAGAAUCAUAUGGCGUGGAAUUAUUACGUGCAAUUGGUUUCACUUAUUCGUUGAAGGCUAAACAGUAUUUAGGAGGGGAACAAAUGUUUGGGUUGCCUCGAGUUGGACAUAUUCUUCGAGAAAAGGGACACGUGUUUAGUGAAACACUAUCAACCUUGAAGUCUGCAAUAGACUUACAGCAGUCAUUUAAUCAACUGCAAGAAGCUGAAAAAAAGGGUCUUGAUGAAAAUGAAAAGACCAAAGGUUCAAAACUUGAAGUAGAAAGUGUAUUAAGGGAGGUGUGUGAUCGAGUGCUGACAGAUACGAAAGUACAAAAAGCAAUAUUACGAAAACGUGCGGAGGGAUUAAAAAUAAUUGGAAGUAUAUAUGAAAAUGUAAAACCAGACAGUGUUGAAAUGAAACCAUUCUCUGGAUGA